UCAUUUGACGUUAAAUAACUUUGAUUAACUUUGUUAAUAUUAUGAGGCAUUCUCGAUUUUAGGACCAAUCUUGGUGAAUGAUAAACCAAAAUCUUCAAAACAACAUAGAUGAAGAUACUAAUGUAAGGAAACAUGUCUAUCCAUUUUGUGGGCAUGUUUAGGUCUGAGAAAAUGAAACUGAAAGCAUAUAGGGAAUCUCAUUUAUGAACAUGGCUUCGAAUUUUGACGAGGAUUCGGUUGAGAGCAGACAUCAAAAGUCAGACUCUGAGGAUAGCUCUUCGGGUUUCAGUGAGAGUGACUCUGAAACAGCCUCAGAGUCUGGCUCCAGCUCUGGAAAUGAAGCAGUCAGACAUACCACUGCCAAGAUAUGUAAGAGUUAUAAUCAUGGUCGCUGCCAUUAUGGAGACAAGUGUUGGAACCUGCACAUAUGCUUACACUAUGCGAAAGGCAACUGUCAUUAUGGUGCCGGGUGUCGUCUCAACCACAUCACGAGUUCAUCUUCAUCACCUAGACAAAGUGAACUUCCAGGAAGGAAAAAUCAUGGAAGACGGCGGAGAAGGAGCCGGAGUCCCUCACCUGUUGAAAAUGAUGGAGACAAUGAAAGGCCCUACAGGUGGCAGCUGGAUAUUGGAAGAGGCUGGGAGGACGUUGCCCAUGAUUACAUACUAGAAGCCCAAUAUUCACGCCCUAACACCAAAGGAAUCAAGAUCUAUAACACUAGUGCUGGGGCUAUUUCAAUUGAUUUUACUAAGAUGAGAGUUCUUAAGAAAACGAAUAUUAGAGUCCGCCGUAAAGGUUCAGAACAGACAGAGUGGCUCUGGUGGUACCAAGGUGACCAAGGCUGGUAUCGUUAUGGAGAGAAGGGUUCUAAGGGCAAAGCCAGUCCACUUCAGAGCUCAAAACUAGAGCAGGAGUACCAAAAGAAUCGCAAAGGUUCUGUUCAGUUCAGCGUUGACUCCACCAACUAUGAAGUUAACUUCAGAGGAAUGUCACAGAAAAAUUUAUCUACAGGCCAUAGCAGACGGGUUAGACGACGCCCUAAAUAUGAACCUCAAAGUGGAGUUGAAUUAUCUUUGAAGUUUAAGAACUUGAUGACUCCUCCAAAUAAGGCCCCCAUUUGGCAGUUUGAAGGGAAAAGUGGUGGAAACUGGCACACCUUCAAAAACUCGGGUGGAUGUUCAGUUUCUAGUGCUGACAUUGAGAGAUGCUACAAACAGCAACAAAAAACCAUGACCUUCAGUGUAAAUGGUGACACUUACAUACUGGAUUUUUCAAGGAUGAAUCAAGUCAACCAGAGGACAAAUGCCAAACGCAAGAUCCAGCGUGUAUAAGGUCUUUCUGGAGAUUUUGGCUGAUGCUUAGGAUCCAAACAGGAAAUAUGAGUACAAUUUGUGGUGGACAGCAUUAUAUGUUAUUUACUUAUUCAUCUUAAGUAUAAGUGAUUUUAAUGUUUUUAUUCUGUUUCAGAUUACAUUAGUGUCUUGUUUUGAGAACUGUCUUUAGAAUCAUUAUUCAAUUAUAUUAAACAUAAUUUUUUUUUUAAAAUAUGGUGGAGACUGAGGCUAGUUCUCGCACUUUUUACUCCAGUGAAUAAUUCUCAUGGUAGGUUUGUGUUUAACAGUCAGAUUCUGCAUAGACAUAACUUAAAGUCUUGGUUACAAAAAAGGCUAUUACCACCGUUCAAUAACAGUUCAUUAAACACACAUGUUGGACUUUUUGACAACAUGCUCCACUAGCAGGGCAUGCUAGUUUGUUUUUAUUGUGUUCACUUGUUUACCCAAUAGCUAUAGCAAAAAUAUGAUAUUGGAAUUUUCGUUUGGAUGAUGGAUUUCACAAAAAUUAUCCUAAUUUGAGAGUAUUUUAAACUAUGUGUUGGAAACCAACAUACAAAAACUCUGCCAGAGAAAAAACACUUUUGUGUAACUGGGCUUUUGUGACGACUUCCCUGUGUUUCACUCCUAAAUUUAAAUCCUUAACCUGAACAUAAACAUGCAAUGUGCCUGAAGCAAUCUUGCAAUGAUUUUGCUUUCUGUGUUUGUUGAUUUUUCUUUGUAAUCCUAUAAAAAGACUUUUUUUUUUUUAUGUUUAUUAAUGAACGUGCCAAGACAAUUGUGCAAUGCAGAUUAUACUGUUCGAUAAGUUGCAAUCAUAUUAUCUAUGUAUCGUAUAUAUUUGGUGAGGUAACUGUUGAGAACCAGUGUUUACACUGUUUGUAUAUUCAUUUUUCUUGAAAUUUUCCAGUUUUAUUUUUUAUGUAAAUGAAAGUGUUUUGUUUUUUAUUAUUAUUAUUAUUAUUAUCAACAUGCUCACAAACUUGCUGAAAUGAUCUGUUAAAAAUUCAGUCAGGGAUACACAAUGAUACUAUGUUGAGCAAUACACAAUAUAAUAUACAACACCAUGUAAUAUAGCCUACAAUACAGGACAAUCUUAUUUUGAAUUACAUUACAGCAUUACAAUAUACAAACUUUGGACACUGUAGCAAUGAAUUAAUUAGUUGAAAUAGCUUAUUUCGACUGGGUUUACAGAUUACAAACUGAACUGUUUUUAAUGGUGUAUAUAUGCUACGCAAGGAUUUUGUAGUUCAUGGGUGCCUUUCUUAAUGCAUGUUGCUUGAUUUAAAAAUAAAUAAAAUGAUACA